AAGACACCGAGAUCGACUGGAUGGCCUACAUGCAGCAAAUCGCCCAUUUCCUCUCGGGCGAGCGCGACUACACACUCAUCCGCGGCGACACGGGCCCGCUGGUCUACCCGGCGGCGCAUGUCUGGAUCUACACGGGGCUGUACCACCUCACCGACCGAGGUCAAAACAUCCUGCUGGCGCAGCAAUUGUUCGCCGCCGUGUACCUGGCCGCGCUGGCCGUGGUCAUGGCGUGUUAUACGCGGGCGCGGGCGCCGCCGUACGUCUUCCCGAUGCUCGUCCUGUCCAAGCGGCUGCACAGUGUCUUUGUGCUGCGGUGCUUCAACGACUGCUUCGCGGCGCUGUUUCUGUGGCUGGCGAUCUUCUUUUGGCAGCGCCGCGCCUGGGGGGCUGGUGCGUUGAUGUGCACCCUGGGGCUGGGCGUCAAGAUGUCGCUGCUGCUGGUGCUACCGGCGGUUGGGGUUGUGUUGCUGCUUGGUGCGGGGUUUGAGACUAGCUUGCGGCUGGCGUCGAUGAUGGCCCUGGUGCAGGUCCUUGUUGCCGUGCCCUUCCUUGCGCACAACCCCUGGGGCUACCUUGGGCGUGCGUUUGAGCUGUCUCGGCAAUUCAUGUUCAAGUGGACUGUCAACUGGCGGUUUGUGGGGGAGGAGGUCUUCCUCAGCAGGGGACUCGCGCUGGCUCUGCUCAGUUUGCAUGCGGUGGUCUUAGCUGGGUUUAUCACGGCCCGGUGGUUGAAGCUGGCUCGCAAACCGCUGUCGCAGAUUGUUACUCCGAUUCUGUCUGGCAAGUCACCCUUCACCCAGCAGGAGCAGCGGGCGAUCUCACGCGACGUCACGCCCCGGUUUAUUAUGACUACCAUCCUAUCCGCCAACGUCGUCGGCCUCCUCUUUGCACGCUCCCUCCACUACCAGUUCUACGCCUAUCUUGCUUGGUCGACCCCGUUCCUCCUCUGGCGCAGCGGCGUCCACCCGGUCUUUCAGUACGCCCUUUGGGCGAUCCAAGAAUGGGCGUGGAAUGUGUAUCCCAGCACACCUCUCAGCUCCGGUGCCGUCGUUGGUGUCCUGGUCUUGACCGUGGCGCUUGUAUGGACGGGCGCCCGCUACGAUUGGGAGCCGAGAAGGGCUGCACCCAAGAACGAGGCUGCGAUGCGGUGAUCGGUAUGGGUUUUUUGACAUUGCCUUGGGCUCGAGCA